UGUGCUACCAGCUCAGAAUGGCCAGAUUCACUCAGACUGAAACAAGAAGGCAGCAGCAAUCACAUCAGCCCCAUCCCGCUCACACCAGCCUGGUUUUCACUGGACCUGGGGCACCACCUACCGAACAACCACUACUACUUAUCCCUCACCAGCACCAGUACUCCCAGAUCACAUUUCCUAAACCCAUGAACGGGUCAGAAUCCAUUUCCAUUCAUCCGGAGAGCGGCAAUAUGAAAGACCAAGAUGCCAUAAAGCUGUUUAUCGGGCAGAUACCGCGGAACUUAGAGGAAAAAGACCUGAAACCUCUGUUUGAACAGUUCGGGAAAAUCCACGAACUGACAGUUCUAAAGGACCGAUACACCGGCAUGCACAAAGGCUGUGCGUUCCUCACCUACUGUGCCCGUGAGUCGGCCAUCAAAGCCCAGAACGCCCUCCAUGAACAGAAAACACUGCCAGGGUUACCCCUUCUCCUGUGUUUCCUGGCCCCUGCUCUGGCCCCCGCUGAGACCCCCCUGCCUCCUCUUUUCCUGAGAUAUAACAUGUCAGACAAAUAG